CUUCCCUGCGGUAAAGAGAUACACAGUCUGACAAGGGAGAUAAAUAGAUAGAGGUGAAUGAGAGAGAGAGAGAGAGACAGAGAGAGACAGAGAGAGAUGGUUAAUAUGAGUGGUGCUGGUGCUGCUGUAGUAAAGAGGAUGAUGGUAAUGCCUGUGUUGAUGGUCAUGUUAAUGGGUGCUUACGCUUCACCGAUAAGACGAAUGAUGGUGGCAGAUAUCAAAGAGCUGCAGAGACGGAAUCUGCUUGCUAAUGGGCUUGGAGUGACUCCUCCCAUGGGGUGGAAUAGUUGGAAUCACUUCAACUGCAAAAUUGAUGAACAGAUCAUCAAAGCAACUGCUGAUGCUCUGAUUUCCACUGGUCUCUCUAAACUUGGGUACACUUAUGUUAACAUAGAUGAUUGUUGGGCCGAAGUAGCUCGUGAUGACAAGGGUAAUCUAGUGCCCAAGAAGUCUACAUUUCCAUCUGGCAUAAAAGCUCUUGCAGAUUAUGUGCACAGCAAGGGACUGAAGCUAGGAAUCUACUCAGAUGCAGGGUACUUUACUUGCAGCAAAACCAUGCCUGGUUCACUUGGUCACGAGGAACAAGAUGCCAAAAUUUUUGCUUCUUGGGGUAUUGAUUAUUUGAAGUAUGACAACUGUAAUAAUGACAACUCCAAACCAACUGUCAGAUAUCCUGUCAUGACCCGAGCGCUGAUGAAAGCAGACCGUCCCAUAUUCUUUUCCCUGUGUGAAUGGGGAGAUUUGCAUCCUGCUUUAUGGGGUGCUAAAGUUGGAAACAGCUGGAGAACUACUAAUGACAUUUCUGAUACAUGGGAAAGUAUGGUCUCUAGAGCAGACAUGAAUGAAGUUUAUGCUGAAUUUGCCAGACCUGGUGGUUGGAAUGAUCCCGACAUGCUUGAGGUGGGAAAUGGAGGAAUGACAAAGGAUGAAUAUGUAGUCCAUUUUAGCAUAUGGGCUAUAUCUAAGGCUCCUCUUCUUAUUGGUUGUGAUGUGAGGAAUAUGACAAAAGAGACUAUGGAGAUCAUUGCAAAUAAAGAGGUUAUCUCUGUCAACCAAGAUCCGCUUGGUGUCCAAGCUAAAAAGGUCAGAAUGGAAGGGGAUCUUGAGGUUUGGGCUGGUCCCCUUUCAGGCUACAGAGUUGCCUUACUCCUCGUCAAUCGAGGCCCGUGGCGAACAUCCAUUACAGGCCACUGGGAUGACAUUAGUAUCCCACCAAACACUGUUGUUGAAGCAAGAGAUCUUUGGGAGCACAAGACACUAAAGCAAAGAUUUGUUGGAAACUUGACAGCAACCAUGGACUCUCAUGCAUGCAAAAUGUAUGUGCUGAAGCCAAUCUCUUAGUCAUGCACCUGAUGCACGGGUUGAACUUUGUUCCGUCGCCAUGUCCCUAAGGGGUGUAUUCAAUGUAGAUUUUAAAUUAUUACGGCUGAUGCUUUAUAAUCCGUAGAUUCUUGUAGAUUAGGGAUGGUUUACAUAUUGUUUAAGAAUGUGGAUGGUUCUGAGAAAUAAUACCAACGUGGAUCAGCCGAUCAA